AUGAAGUAUAACAUACUGCUUUAUCUAUUUUUCAUCGUAAAAACCAUCCACUGUGCUGAUAAACCCGCUGGAGAGCUUGACCAGAAACCUUUUUCCAAUGGCAAGGACGUGGAAUGUUCAUACCAGGAUGAAUCCGCACGAGACGACGAUUCAGAAUCAACACUAUCAUACCAAGAGGAUAUCUCUCUAUCUGAACAUUUCAACAUUACCUUGGAUAUAUCAAGCGCAGAAGAUUCUAUAGUAACUCGCUUUGAACAGGAAUACGGGGGAGCAAGUCACCGUAUAUUCUUCCCAAGGAGGAAUGUACAUAUAGAAUCUGUAAAGGAGGAUGGAAUAGAGAUUUGGAAGAGUAAAGAAAGCGAAGAAUGUAUAUUUGCGGAAUGCUACCAAAGUGGAGAUAUCACUAUACUGUACAUUGAUAUCAAGAAGGAUGACAGCUCCUAUCUUGUACAUUUUGAAAAGAAAGAUGAUACAUGGAGCGAGAUUGAAAUCGAGACGUUUUAUGGUAUACUCGAGAGCAUUAUGUCCUAUCCCGAGAAUAACGGCGAAGAAGUGGAAGGUAAUGACAACGUCUUUCCGGAGUAA